UUACUCUACACGUCCAGUCAAACAGUCAGUCUGACAGCCAUCCAGUUAAGAAACUAUUCCCCUACACACACACACAUAAAUACAUUCAGAUAAACCCGCAAAGUCAAACAUAACAUACAAACAAAUACGGAAAAUCAUUUAGAAAAAAAAAUAAAUUCUGAAAUCGACAGUUGGUUGAGAGAAUUCAUUUGGUGAAGACGCAUUCAAAGAUGUGUCGUCGUCGCAUUUAAGUGGAAGUGAAACAGAAUUAAUGAAAUAAAUUACAAUAAUAAAGAAUAACAUCAACAAAUAAACAAAUAAAUAUUUCAAAUUUUAUGAAAAUAUGAAAUUUCGUUUCGUUUAAUAAAAAAUUAAGUGAAAAAAAAAAAUUCAUUUGGAAAAAUUAAGAAAAGAAUAGUGAUAAAUUGAAAGAUUAAAAAAAAAAAAACAAAUCAUCAACCAUAAUAUAGUUCAAUAGAUCUCACAUUAUCUACACAAAACACUUGCUUCAUUGAUUUCCCCUCCACACCCACAAUGUGCCUUUCAACGCCCACAACCGCCACAGAUACCUCCAACGGUGAUACAAAAUCAGGGACUGCAACAGCAGCAGCAACAGCAACAACGUCAUGUUCGUCAUCUAGUCAAUGUCCAAAUGCCGCAGCGUGUAAUCUUAAACCAAAUCAAACGCCCACACAAUUCGAUUGUAACGGUAAUGAGAAGUCACUCGACAGCAGUAUUAUUCAUCGUAAGACAGCAACCAAAGAUACGGCGACCACCAACGACAACAGCAACACCUCCUCAUCAUUGGGCUAUAGCGAGGAGAAUGCCGUCUAUAAGGAAAUCCAGAAAUCAGCCAAAGAUUCGAAAGAUGCCAUCGCAACAGAAGAAUACAAACCAAAGAUCCGAUGGCCAGAUUUGGGUGCACAACUAUUCCUGCAUUCGGGAGCAGUAUAUGGCCUUUAUUUGUUGUUCUCAGCAAAAUUGUACACAUUUGCAUGGCUAAUCAUAACCAUCUGGAUAUCUGGCAUUGGUAUAACAGCCGGAGCUCAUCGCUUAUGGUCACACAAAUCGUAUAAUGCUUCGCUGCCAUUGCGUAUUGUCUUAAUGUUUUUAUUCACCAUUGCCGGCCAGCGUGAUGCCUACACUUGGGCCCUGGAUCAUAGGAUCCAUCACAAAUUCUCGGAGACUGAAGCGGAUCCCCACAAUGCUAAGCGUGGCUUUUGGUUCUCACAUGUCGGCUGGUUGUUCUUGACACCACACCCUAAAGUAGCGGAGAAGCGUAAAGUUAUUGACAUGUCCGACUUGGAGAAUGAUAAGGUGGUCAUGUUCCAAAAGAAAUGGUAUAUUCCAUUGUUUGCGGUCAUCUCAAUUGGUAUGCCAGUAUUGACACCAUGGUAUUUCUGGGGUGAAACAUUGUGGAAAUCAUUUUGGAUUUGCUUUACUCUGAGAUUUACAUUGACUUUGAAUGCGGCGUUCUUUGUGAACAGUGUGGCCCAUAUGUUUGGAUCGAAACCGUAUGAUAAGAACAUUAGCCCCACCGAAAGUCCCUUCGUAGCAUUUGUAGCUUUAGGCGAGGGCUGGCAUAAUUAUCAUCAUGUAUUUCCCUGGGAUUACAAAACUGGAGAGUUUGGUAGCUAUCGCCUGAAUAUUACAACCGGUUUUAUUGAUUUGUGUGCCAAAUAUGGUUUGGCAUCUGGACGUAAAUCCGUUUCACCCGACAUGGUAAAGCGCAGGGCUCAAAAAUGCGGUGAUGGCAGUCGUUUCUUGACCGAUGAAUUUGCCCACAAAGAUGCGGUAUGGGGCUUUGGCGAUAAGGAUAUACCCAAAGAUGACUUACAAGAAUUGGCAAAAAUGAAAUAAUAAAAUUGAUUUAGUAAAAGAAAAAACUUCAAAUAAACUGUUAAUGGUUUUCA